AUGGUAAGGAUCUGUGGAUUAUCUUGUCUGUUCGUUGGCUUCAUGUCUUCUCUUGUUUCGUUCCAACAGAAAUACUUCAUCUUGGCUCUGGCUCUGGCUGGCUGCGUGGCCGCCGACUCUGGCUACAACUACAACUCCUUUGCUCCAGCUCCCGCUCCAGUGGCUGCUCCUGCUCCCGCCCCCGUCUUCCACCAGGCUGCCUCUGCUCCUGCCCCCGUGAGGACCUAUGUGCCCCCAGCUCCAGUCCACCAUGCUGCCGCCUCUGCCCCUGCUCCCGUCCAGUCUUUCGCUCCCGCCCCCGCACCAGUGGCUGCCCCCGCUCCAGUCUUCCACGCCGCUGAGUCUGCUCCCGCCCCUGCCAGGACCUAUGUGCCACCUGCACCUCAGGUGCACCACCACGCUCCUGCUCCCGCUCCCGUGCAUCAUCAUGUGGCCGCCUCUGCUCCCGCUCAGUCCUUCGCUCCCGCUCCAGCGCCCGCUCCCGUUCAGUCCUUCGCUCCUGCCCCGGCGCCCGCCUUCGAGGCUUCCGGUCCCGCAUUCGAGGCCGUCGCUUCCGCCCCAGCUGCAGCCACCUCGGGCUACGACUACCACCAGCCCGCCGCCAGCCAGCAGGGAUACAAGUACAAGACCAUCCGUCGCCGUGUCUACAGGCACCGCGCUUAA